CCAUCCUGUUGAGUUUCAGGUGCAUCAUCGAGUGAAGGGGCCGACUCUUGAGCUUCUCAAAAAACAUAAAUCAUGUGGACUCUCGUCUUGUUUUUCAUCAGUGUGGAGGCGGCUGGAGAGGCUGAUGAUGUUGUUAAAGUGAUGGAGGGAGGUCUCCUCAGACUCAAUACAGACGCCGAGCAACUCAAUGGAAACAUACAAAUACUGUGGACUUUUGGAAAUGGCAAACAAAGUUCUCGCAUCGCCCAGUAUCACGGGAAGAUUUACACCCAUUAUGAUGACAGAUUCAGUGGCAGAGUUCAGCUGGAUGAGCGGACUGGAGCUUUAAACAUCUCAAACAUCAGCACAGAUGAUUCUGGACUUUAUAAAGCGUUAAUCGUAAUCAACAAACAGAUUUCAACAAAGAAGUACAAAGUGGAUGUUUAUGCUCCUGUUUCUGUUCCUGACAUUAAGAGCAGCUCACAUGAGACUAUGCAGCAUCCUCCAGGUACAUCACAGGAGAUGCAUGAAUUCUGCUCAGUUGUCUGCUCUGUGAAAAAUGAUCGAGACGUCUUCAUCUCAUGGUAUAAAGGAGAUGAAAUAGUGAAUCACGGCAGUAGUUCUGAUCUCAGCAUUAAUCUCAGUUUACCUUUAAAACUUCAUUAUAAUGAGACAGAAUCAUACAGCUGCACGGCUGCAAAUCCAGUGAGCAAUAAAAGCAUCCGUCUACACAUGAAACACCUCUGUCCACAUUAUGAAGGUAAAAUAACACAGACGAACAUCAGGAAGUCUCUUCCUACCACAACCACAUCUGUGCCACUUCACACAGACAAACCGUUUACUGAGAAUGAUUCUAGCAGAAUCUCUUCGUCUACAGACUGUCUGCAGCAUUGUGGAGAUGUUGAGGUUCUGAUCCGCUUGAUUCUGUCUGCUCUGGUGGGUCUUGCUACUAUUGUGUUUCUUGUUGAGCACGUGAGGUCAACUCAAAAAAUAAACAUUUCUUCUGACGAUGACAUUUGUAUGAGAGACCAAAAGGUGUAAUUUCUCUAAAACCGGAGCAGGGGAGGUUGGCGUUUGACUUUUUAAUAAUCAAUGUACAUUUUUCGAUUUGUGCUAAGCUGUAGGUUAUUUGUCAGAAAGGUUGGAAUCUACUGAACUAGACAGUGUGUUGUGCAAACAUUUAAACAAAAAAGAAGCGAAAAACG